UUCACACAUAGGCACACACAAGACAAACGUCGGGGUAACAUUUAAGUCUAGAAGCGAGUUUGUUAGCAGCAUUCACACGUUCGAAUGUGCAUAAGGCGAUACCUCAGCAGAGGAAAAAUAGAAAGAUAGAGGUUCACACUCAACCAAUAAUGAAUGGACAACAAGAAGUUAGACAGUUGCAGAUUAAAAAGGAUUUUAGGGAGAUGUAUAGGCAAGGACAUGAGUACAUAACAGACUUGCUGCACAAGAUGGAAGAUGUGAGACUUGAGGUCGUCAACAAGCUCAGUGCAUCGAGAGGAAAUAAACAGUUUCUAGCAGUGUUUAAUGGCACCGUGCUAGAAACUAAAAAAGUGCUUAAAGAAAAGAUUGAACAGAACAUUAAACAAACAGAGUUGCAGUGGAAUCUCCAUGAACUGGAAGCAGCAUACAGAGAGAUGCAGCACAAACUUCAUGACACCGAGAAUAAAAAUGAAGGCUUGCAAGCAAGGCUUGAUGAAACGCUGCUAAAAAAUGAACAAAUACUUAAAGUGAAUGAACAACAGGACGCUAAAAACGCAGGGUUGCAAUACAAGCUCCAUGAACUGGAAGUGACACACAGAGCGAUGGAGCUCAAAUGUCACGACACCGAGAAAAAAAAUGAAGACUUGGAAACAACACUCAAGGAAGCCGUGCUAAAAAAUGACCAAAUCCUUAAAGAGAAGGAAAAAGAGAAAGGUAAACACACAGAGUUGCAAUGCAAGUUCGAUAGAAUGGAAGUGACACACAGAGAUGUCCAGUACAAGUUCAGUGAAUUGAAAGGGACAUACAGAGAGGUGCAGCUCAUACUUCACAAAAGCCUUAAAAAAUCUGAAGACUUGCAAGCAAUGCUUGAUGAAGCCCUGCUAAAAAAUAAAGAAAUGCUUAAAGAAAAGAAAGAACAAGAAGGUAAACACACAGAGUUGCAAUGCAAGUUCAAUGAAUUGGAAGGUAAACACACGGAGUUGCAAAGCAAGUUCAAUGAAUUGGAAGGUAAACACACGGAGUUGCAAUGCAAGUUCAAUGAAUUGGAAGAGACGCACAGAGAGAUGCAGCGCAAACUUCACAACACCAAGAAGGAAAAUGAUGGCUUGCAAGCAAAUCUUGAUGAAGCACUGCUAAAAAUUGAAGAAAUGCUUAAAGAAAACAAGGAACAGGAAAGUAAACACACAGACAUGCAGUGCAACCUCCACAAACUGGAAGGUACUAACAGAGAGGUGCAGCGCAAACUUCACGACACCAAGAAGGAAAAUGAAGACUUGCAAGCAAAUCUUGAUGAAGCACUGCUAAAAAAUGAAGAAAUGCUUAAAGAAAAGAAAGAACAAGAAGCUAAACACUUGAAGGUGCAGUGCAACCUCCAUGAACUGGAAGUGAGUCACAGAGAGCUGGAGUGCCAACAUCACAACACAACGAAAGAAAAUGAAGACUUGAAAGCAAAGCUUGAUGAAGUGCUGCUAAAAAAUAAAGAAAUGCUUAAAGAAAAGAAAGAACAAGAAGCUAAACACACGGACGUGCAGUGCAAUCUCCACAAACUGGAAGUGACUCACAAUGAGGUGCAGUGCAAACUUCAUGACACCAAGAAAGAAAAUGAAGGCUUGCAAGCAAAUCUUGAUGAAGCCCUGCUAAAAAAUGAAGAAAUGCUUAAAGAAAAGGAAGAACAGGAAGCUAAACUCUUGGAGGUGCAGUGCAGCCUCCAUGAACUGGAAGCGACACACAGAGAGCUGGAGUGCCAACAUCACAACACAACGAAAGAAAAUGAAGACUUGAAAGCCAAGCUUGAUGAAGCCCUGCUAAAAAAUGAAAAAAUCCUUAAAGCAAAGAAAAAACAGGAAGAUAAACACAAGGAGGUGCCGUGCCAGCUCCAUGAGCUGGAAGUGAAAUACAAAGAUAUGCAGAGCAAAUUUCACGACACCAAGAAAAGAAGUGAAGGCUUCCAAGCAAAGCUUCAUGAAGCCCUGCUAAAAAAUACCAAAAUGCUUAAAGAAAAUAAACAAUGGGAAGAUAAACACACGGAGGUACAGUCCAAGUUCAAUAAACUGCAAGUGACACACACAGACUUGCAGCGCAAAUUUCAGGACACCAAGAAAGAAAAUGAAGGCUUGAAAUCAAAGCUUGAUGAAGCGCUGCUAAAAAAUGAACAAAUACCUAAAGUGAAGGAACAACAUGAAGCUAAAUACACAGAGUUGCAACGCAAGCUCCAUAAACAGGAAGUGACAUACAGCCAGGUGCAGACCAAACUUCACAACACACAGAAAGAAAAUGAAGGCUUGAAAGUGAAGCUUGAUGAAAUGCUUAAAAAAAAGCAAGAACAGGAUGUUGAGAACACAGACAUGCAGCAAAAACUUCACAAUACCAAGAAAAAAAAUGAAGGCUUGCAAGCAAUUCUUGAUGAAGCCAUGCUAAAAAAUCAACAAAUACUUAAAGAGAAGGAACAACUAAAACAAAGAAAGAGCAAUUUGAAGAAGGAAUGUGCAGAGAAGCAAUGCAAUUUCCAAGAAAUGGUGAAAGAAAAUGCAGAACUGCGAAAUCUCUAUAACAAAAUUCAGCACAAAAACACCGAAAUGCAAAAGGAGCUGCAACAACAGGAGGAAACACAUAAAGAAGUGCAGAGGAGAAAUCACGAGUUACAAGACAUGUGUGUCAAACUGCAGCAAAUAAAUAAAGACAUGCACAAGGAACAGAAUGUACAGAAAGAGAAAUAUAAAAACCUGAAUGAAAAGUAUGCAGAAAACCAGGAAGAAUUAGAAGAACUUGAAAAAAAGUGCAAGAACCUUGAGGAGGAGAAGGUAGAAAAUAUCAGUCAUCUGAGAAAACUUGCAUUAGAGAACAAGAAUCUGGAAGAACGCUGCCAGAAAAAGAAAAAGCCCUUCUGGUUUUUCUGGAAGAAAUCUACUGAUUCUUCAGCACCGUGCAGACAAAAUCGUGUUUUCCCGUUAUAACUCUGCUGCUUCUUCAGUUCUACCUGCACAAAACUAGCCUCAUCUUCCUCCAUCUUUAAUCGAAGAAGAAGCUUCAUCCCUUUCUUCUUCCUCCACUCCCUUCUUCUGUCUCCCCUCUUUUCCUUUUCCUUUCAACCCCCAAACCGGUCUUGACAGAUGACUGCGCCUCCCUGAGCCUGGUUCUGUCGGAGGUUCCUUCCUGUCUACAGGGAGUUUUUCCUCCCCACUGUUGCCUCGUGCUUGCUCAUCGGGGAAUGUCGAUGAAAAGCAGAGUGAGACCCUCAGAGGGGUACCUAUGGAGACCUUUUAUUUCCUUUGGAUACAUCAUGUUGUCCAAAGGCUCUUUCUGCCAUUUUGGCUCAAGCUGAACUAAAACACCAUGUUGGAUAAGCCUUAUUUAAACUACAGGGAUACAAACAAGAGCAUAAAUUUGGUUUUAAUAUCACUGAGGUCACUUAUAAAAAGCAUAAAUCCUGUAUCUAAAUCUAAAGUGUGUGCGUACCUGCUUGCGUGCUUCUAU